CGGUGUAGCCUGAUUAUCCAAUCUUUAUACCUUUAUUGAGACAAAUAAUCAGAACGUACGGCGACUGUACAAUUAUCUUAUUUCAUUUACAAUUGUUUGGAUGAAAUCAACGUGAGCGAAAGUCAUACUGUUGUGCGGUCAUAAUUUCUUAUAAUUCGUGGUUAUAAUUUGAGUGCAGUUUCCAUUCAACAAUCAUGAUAACUGCGGUAACUAAAAAGUUGCUAUGGACAUCCCUUAUCCUAGUCUUACUGAUUGCAGCACUAGGUAUUGGUUUAGGAAUUGGAUUAAAUCGUGGCGCUGCUACAAACAGUGUUAGACAUUCAGGAAGUGUUGUUUCUAACGGUCAUGAAUGUGCAGCAAUUGGCGGGAAAAUUCUUCAACAAAUGAAUGGAAAUGCAGCUGAUGCAGCUGUAGCGACUUUAUUUUGUGAAGGAGUUGCUGUUCCGCAAUCGUGCGGAUUAGGAGGUGGAUUGUUUCUAACAGUUUACACAAAAGCCACUGGAAAAGUGGAAACCUUAAAUGCUCGCGAGGUCGCACCGAAAGCAGCAACUGAGGAUAUGUUUGUCGGCGUAGAUACAGUUACUGGCAUUAAGUCAGUAGCAGUUCCAGGUGAAUUGAAAGGAAUCUGGGAACUGCAUCAACGGUAUGGAAGCCUUCAAUGGAGAACAUUAAUUGAACCAUCUAUCGACUUGUGCCGCCAAGGCCACAUUGUUUCCCGAUACUUUGGAGAUGUUUUAAAAUUGCGAGAGGAUACAAUUACAAGUCAACCGUCAUUGGCAGAGGUAUUCAUAAAUCCAGAGACGAAUAGUGUGUGGGUAGAAGGAGAUAUAAUUAAACGACCAAAAUUGGCUGAAACACUAGAACUGAUAGCUGACGAAGGCGCGGACACUCUCUAUAAUAACGGCACUCUGUCGCAAAUGUUGGUCAAUGAAAUUCAGGAACUGGGUGGAAUAAUAACAAUCGAAGAUUUCAUGGACUAUUCUGUUCGCUGGGAGGACUCAAUUUCAACAACUUUUAUGAACAACACUAUUCACACAGUGCCAUUACCCGCUUCUGGAAGCGUUCUAAUAUUGAUACUCAAUGUACUUAAUGGAUUUCUACCGUCCGUGAAGAAUUUAACUUUUUACCAAAGAUUUGUGGAAUGUUUUAAGUUUGCUUUUGCUAAGCGAACUGAACUGGCCGAUUAUUUCUUUGUACCCGAGGUUUAUGAGACUUUCCAGCAAAUGUUGGACCCUGACUAUGCUCAGGAUAUUCGAUCCAAAAUUGAAGAUGAUCGCACGUAUCAAAAUUAUGAGCAUUACGGAGCAAACUUUUCUGUACCGGACGACCACGGUACUGCUCACAUAUCAGUUGUCGCUCCAAACGGGGAUGCUAUUGCAGUUACCACUACCAUAAACACAAUUUUAGGAUCAAAAGUUAGAUCACGGACAACUGGAAUCAUUCUCAAUGAUCAGAUGGAUGACUUCUCUACACCAGGCGUUACAAACGCAUUCGGUGUACCAGCCUCACCAGCCAAUUUUAUAGUACCGGGAAAGCGACCUCUUUCUUCAAUGUGUCCGACAAUUGUCAUCGACGAGCAUGGCGAUGCGAAAUUAGUAAUUGGAAGCGCGGGAGGAACUAGAAUAACUACAUCCGUUGCUUAUAUUAUAAUUUCGAUGCUAAUGUUCAAUGAACCACUGGCUGUGACACUUCCCGAAAGCCGUUUUCAUCAUCAAUUGGCGCCAAUGUACAUUGAUUAUGAAAUUGGAUUCAAUGAUACGAUUUUGCAAGGACUGAUCGGUAUUGGUCAUGAAGUCUAUACGGAGGCAACAACGUAUGGAUUUGUAGCUGUUACAGCUAUUGCGCGUGAAAACAAUCAACUGACCGCCAUGUACGACAAUCGGAGGCAUGGUAGCACCUUUGUGUUUUAGGGUAGUUUUUUUUCGCUUUAUUUAUUAUAUUGACUAUGAAAGGAUGACUUUGUUUUAAAUGGGUAAGCUUGAUCGGUAGAAGUAGAAAGAAAUACUACAGUGGAGUC